GGACUUCAGGUGAUGUGACACCUGUUCUCAUGAAUCCUCUCUCGCAGUCACACUCCAUUUCUCCGGCAGAAGGGAUAUGCUGUACCGUAUCAGACGUGAACGCAGAUCAUGUGAUGGUCACACAGGAAACUUUAAUGGAGCAAUUAGUGAAAAAUUAUCCAGGCAUUGCAGUUCCUUCCCACGAUAUCUUAUACAAUAUCUUUGGCACUCUAAAGAAAGAAAGGAAAAUCUAUCAUAUGGGAGAAGGCUAUUUCAUUGUGAUGCCCAACACAUACUUCAUCACAAAAGAUGCCACAGAAGAUAACAGAAGGGUCCUGUUGGAGGACAGUUGCUGCUGUUCAUCACCCUCCACCACUUCCCUGGUAAACAUUGAGCAUUGUGCAGACUCAGUGAAAGAAAACAUUCCUACAGUAUCCUGUUACAGAUCCUGCCAUGGUUUCCUCCACCAGAAUAUGCUCUGUGAACAAAGACAUCGGCAGCUAAUGAACCACGAACCUAAUGGAGGAGGUACGAAAGGCUGCAGUGAAGUGAAGCCUUCAAUUCAAACUCAAGGGAUGUCCACAUCUGCUGAAAACCAUUCCUGGGACACCAUCAAAUCCCUGACAUCUGCGAAAGAAAAACUGAAAAGCAAAAGGUUUGGCCUUGGCCUUUUCCGGAGAAGUGCUUCUAAAAAAGAAAAAUGUAAGAAGGAGUACUCCACUUUUUCAGCCCAGUUUCCCCCCAAGGAAUGGCCAGUCAGGGAUGAAGAUGACUUAGAUAAUAUUCCACGUGAUAUUGAACAUGAAAUCAUCAAGCGUAUUAACCCUACUCUUACAGUUGAUAAUUUGAUUAAACACACAAUAUUAAUGCAGAAUUUUGAGGAGCAAAAAAAAACCAUCAGUAAGGGUAUCUUGGCUGAAGCAUCAAUAGUCAGGCAAAACCAUCUUUCAAAGGAUUUUAUUCAAAAGACACAAAGCAAAACAGCAAAACACACCAGGAAAACCAAGUCAAAGAAAGAGAGGCAGAUUAGCAGAAGCAACAGGAAAUCUUAUAUACAUGAGCUAACAUCCCAAAAUGAGAAACUGGAAGAGAACCCUUCACCACCUAUCAGAAAACAGCAGCCAUCUGAUGUAGCAGUGGAAUCUCAGGUCAUAUAUAAAAAACAAAUUAAGAACCCUUUUCAGGGUAUGUCAUGGAGACACAACUUUUAUGCGAAAGGGUACAAAGGUACUAUUAGCAGUCAGCUGAAGUCCAGGGCUCGAAAGCAAGAAGGAGCUUUACAAAGGCCACGGUCCUUGGACUCCUCAAAAACCUUUGUCUAUGAAACUGAACAGCUGGCUACUGCAAUGCAGGCUGACAAAACUAAGCAAAAUAAACUACUCCAUGCUAAUAGGUCUUCCCUCCAACUGAAGAAAGACAGUUUAAGUGCAAACUUUAGUUAUUUGCAAGGCAGUACUUUGCAAAUGGAUAAUAAAAGUAAAUACUUUCUGGAGAGUAAUAUUUCUGAAGAAAACACCUACAGAAGAAGAGUAAAAAAAUAUCCUGGGGGUAUUAAAACAUCCCCUCACUCCUACACUGAAGAUAAUGGUGCAUGCAAAGAAGAUGCAAAAUUCUCAUAUCUGAAAGAUGAGUAUUGCAGGUGCAAAGCUGACACAGUAUGUCAGUUAUUAGAUCAAACAGCAAAUGAAUUUCAAAAUGUCCAUCUGUCAAAUUAUACAGCCAAUGUUAACCUGGCAAAAAAAAAAGGUGUGAAGUACAGACAAAAGACUGAUAAGACAACUGAACUUACAUUUAAUUAUGACUGUACCAGCCAUCCCAGAUCAAUGAAUCUGGAAAGUGAAGGAUUUACUGAUAACUGCUGUCUUUUGUACCAAAAAGCACAUGAUGGUGACACCUGUAACUCGUUACAUCUGGAUGACAAUUUUGAAGGCAAUGAACCAUGUCACCUGCCUCUUGGCCAUGCUUUUUCAGAUACAAGAGACUGGAGUCAAGCUGUGCAAAAGCUGGGGGAAGCUAUGUCCCUAAAAAACUGUAAGGUUAAUACUUAUCCUGCCCAGUACAACACAACUGUAAAUAAGCAUGACCCUGAAGAGCAUGGAUAUAAGGAAAGUGCUAGUUUUGCAGAAUCAAUAAAUGGCUCAAAAGAGCAUCCAAAAACAGAUUUCACAGACGAAAGUUGUUUGUGCAGUCAGGUUCUUCUGACAGGCCUCAGAAAGGAAGAAGAAACUGGCCUUACUGAAUGUGCGAAGGCUUCAGCUAUAGUGGACUUCUGCCACACUAAUCAGGCUGACUCAGAUGCUGACACUUUGCAGAACUUCACCUAUGAGAUGGGUAGAGUAGUGGCACGCUGUGCUUUGGGAUCACAGACCAAAGACAUGAGAAAUCCUCUAGGAAAAAAAGAUCUGUUUUUUAAGAAUGCGUGUGCUGUGGUACCAGGACAGAAACACUCAGAAGGGACAGAAAACCACAGCAUUACAGGAGACAGUGGAAUUGACUCCCCAAGGGGCUCAGACGCGCAAGGGGGUCCAUCAGAAGGCAAGCCCCGGCGGAACGCCGGUGGCUGCCGCGCAACCCGCCGCUCCCGCUCCGCCCGUCACGGCGGCCGCCUCACGGCCGAGGCGCGGAGCUCACCACGCGCUCGGCGGGCGCGGGGCAUGCUGGGUGCUGUAGUCCGGAGGUGA